AUGAGGGUUGAAAUUGUUUCCAGGAAAUUCAUUACUCCGUCAUCUUCAACCACACCUCACCUUAGAAGCUGUGAAAUAUCGGCCUUGGAUCAGCUUCUUCCUCCAGUUUAUGUAGGAUUAACAUAUUUUUACCCGGCUGACGAAAACAUUCAAGGAGCCAAGCAUUCCGCAAGAGGAAAGCAGUUGGAGGAAUCAUUAUCCAAAAUCUUAACCCUCUACUAUCCGGUGGCAGGGAGAUAUGAUGAAGAAAAGCUGUUGAUCGAUUGCAACGACAAAGGGGUAGAAUAUUUGGAAGCUGAAGUAAGUGGACGACUCUCUCAAAUUUUAAAUGGGGAGUUGCAGCCUGAGCAGUUGAAUCAGUUUCUUCCGUAUCCUGUUGCAUCACCCACAAGUCCAUUAGUAGCUGUGCAAGUAAGCACUUUCGAGUGCGGUGGACUGGCUGUCGGCUUGCGCAUUUCACACAAGAUAUGUGAUGUAGCGACAUUAACCUCAUUUGUCAACGGAUGGGCAACAACAAGUCGAGUUGGUAUUGAUGAAGUGCCCCGACCAAGUUUUGCUCUGCCAUCCCUCUUUCCGACAAGAGAGGCAACUCAAAUCCUGAAAGCAACUCCAGUUAAAAAUGGAGCUAGGGUCGUGACAAGAACUUUUGUGUUUAGCAGGUCUGCAGUAGCCAACCUGCAAGUGAUUGCCAGAACAAGAGAUGAUGAUUUGGAAGGAGGGACAGGCCAACCUUCGCGAGUCCAAGUAGUGACUGCAAUUGUAUGGAGGGCUCUGAUUAAGGUGGCUAAACUUAAGCAUGGAUACCUGAGGCCAUCUGCCUUAAUUCAUGGAGUGGAAAUGAGAAAGAGGUCAGCAUUACCAAUACCACAAAAUUGUUUCGGAAACAUGUUGAGGGUUUCCAUAGCUCGAUUCGAGGCAGAUGAGAGCAAAAUGGGGUUGCCUGACCUGGUCAUUCCAGUAAGGCAGGCGAUAAGAGAUGCCAUUUCGGAUUGCAGAAACGCAAUAAGCUAUGAUGAUUUGUUGUUGGGAGCAGCAGGGAGUUUUAGAGAAUGGAAUGAGGAAGCAAGUGGAGGUGAGACAGAUGCGUAUACGUUUGCUAGCUGGUGUGGUUUCCCAAUUUAUGAAGUGGAUUUUGGCUGGGGAAAGCCUGCAUGGGUGAGCAGUCCCCAUAAACCAGUACCAGUGGUGAACUUGCUGGACACCAAAGAUGGUGGAGUUGAAGUAUGGAUGACUGCAGAGGAAAAGGACAUGAUCCUUUUUCAACAAGACCCUGAGAUUAUUGACCUCACUGAUUCUCAAUUGAAGAAUAAUGUCUAA